UUCUUGUAGUUGGUCUUGGUGUUGGUGAGAUGUAUUGUAAAUGAUGUAUCUUUGUUGUUUAUUAGCAGGAAUUUAGUUAAUUCUAUUGUUUUUCAACAAUGUGUAUAGCAUUUAAAAGAUAAUACGUGAAAUCAUCCAUGGCUCAAAGUGGAUUAUUCAGUGAUAAGCUUCCAGAUUUCUCUAAAUACUUGUGUCUGUGCAUCAAACAACCCAACUACGUACGUCUCUUUUGUAGAAAAAAAAUUACCGUCGGCUAUUAAAUUGUAAUUAAGUUUAGUCGCUCCUUCUUCACAACAAAUACUACUAGUUUUAUUGUGUCAAAGUUUGUCAAGAUUGUAUCAAAUCUUAUCUCGAAAUCCACGUUUUACAAAUUCUGUGCAUUGUGUGACUGGUUGAUUACUACAGCUUCAAGUGUUUAACCAUGACUUCCAAACCAAACUCUCCGUCUUAUAAUCUAGUGUAAUGUGACGUCAGAGGGGCUUCUGAGCCCCCUCUUCUCUAGCCAAAGAUCGACCAACUCGGAAUUCGUCAAUUUUUGGAUAUCUGCAAAUUAUCCAGCCGCCAUUUUUGGAUAAAAUGUCGUCCGCCCAUGAGACGUCCCAGGCGUCUAGUUCUCCUGUUGACAUGACACGUGAGUCACCCGUCACAAGUCCCGCCCUUAGCAGGCGAAGUGAUCUCCAAAGCAUUCCCAACGGUCACGAGAAUGCCCUACAACAUAGGAUAUUGGAGCUGAAGAAGCAACAACAGCUGCAGCAGCAAAUCCUGUUGCAGCAAUUCCAGGUGCAGCAACAACAGCUGGCGCAACAGCAUGAGGAACAGCUGAGGCAUCAUCUCAAGGAACUUUGGGAACAGCAAAAGGAACAACAGGCGAGAGAGCAAGAGCGUCUGGAAUCGUUGAAAAAGAAAGAGAAGCAUGAACAGAGUGCUGUGGCCUCAUCGGAAGUCAAACAGAAGCUGCAGGGUUUUAUUUUGGGGAAAAAACAAAGGGAAGCCGCAGCUGCUGCCAAUGGUACCGUACCCGGUCAGGGUUUUCGAUCUUGGUCGGUGUUACACAAUGCAGGAUCCGAUUCUCAGUCGAAACAGGUGGUCUCCGUGACAGGGAGUGGUAGUGUAGUGCCGCCUUAUCAUCUCAAUCCUUUGCUCAAAAACUUCGAUGACGACUUUCCUCUUAGAAAAACAGCUUCCGAGCCGAAUCUGUUGAAAGUGCGUCUGAAGCAGAGAGUGAUUGAGCGCCGCUCGAGUCCCAUUGCUAGACGACGGGAUCGUCAUCCGAAGCGCAAGAGCCAGCUUGCUAUUGAACCAAAUAGUAAUCCAGACAGUGGACCGAAUUCACCUCCUGUGACAGUCACAUCUCAAAUGUCCCCACCAGCCGGACAUAAUAUGCCAAUACAAGAGGAGGGCAAAUCGCCGUACAACCCGGCCACAGCUGGCAGUAUGACAGAUCUGUCGGCUCUCUACCAAUCACCCUCCAUGCCCAACAUCUCCCUGGGACGACCUCCCACCUCCUCGUCACAAUCUGAAACCAGAUUGGCACCAGUAUCGGAAGCAGAAGUGAGAGCCGCAUUCACAGCGCGGUUCGGAACCCCCCUAACCGGGCAGAUGCUGAGUGGAACCCUGCCCUACUACCCCACUCUGCCUGUGAUAGAGGCGGGUGAAUACAGUUCGUCGACCAGUUCACCGACGCACAGCCUGCAGAGCACAAGGCAACAUAUGCAGGCUAUGGAGCAGCAGAGGCAUUUACCAACCAUCUAUCAUGGCACACCCAUCACUGAUACACAGGUAGCACACGCCCGUCUUCACAAGGGCGGACCGUCUGCCACGAAUCUGUCCACUAAGCCUUCGGGGGGCACACACCGGCCCCUGGGGCGCACCCAGUCGGCGCCCCUGCCCCUGGGGCAUCCGGCCCUGCUGGGUACUGCCCCUUCAGGGGGCCCAGGGGGCGUGAUGGGGCCUACCGCAUCCAAAAUGGGUUCAAGUCACAGUCAGAUGCUGAAGCAACAGAUCAGGCAGACUGUAUUGACCAGGGUGGGCAGUCGGGCGAAAUUGCAUUUGGAGGAGGAAACUAUCAAUGAUGAUAACUGUCAAGUGAUCGACCUGACCGACAGAGACCGCAGUAGGAGUGAGAGAGACAACGGAGAGGAGAGUGAGAUGUGUCGACAGCAGAAAGAGAGAGAAACAUUUCUGCAGCAACAGAGAGAUCUCAUGAUGAGACAUACACUGCAAGUUAGUGAAGGUUCGGCGUUCAGCCCCCGCACCUCGCAGGUGGGCCGCCCGUUGUCACGUGCCCUCUCCUCGCCGCUGGUGGCCCUGGUGAACGCUGGUGGCCCUGACUCCUCGUGUAGUGGCAGUGCUAGUGGUAGCUCUCCCCACCCUCAGGCCACCACCGGCCUGGCAUUCGACAGCCUCAUGCUCAAGCACGCCUGUGUGUGUGGCGACAACAGCUGCCAUCUCGAGCACGGAGGCCGGCUGCAGAGUGUGUGGGCCAGGCUAGGUGAAACAGGUCUAGUGCAGAGGUGUGAAAGAGUUCGAUCCAGGAAGGCAUCACUGGAAGAGUUACAAGUGUGCCAUAGUGAAGCUCAUGUUCUCCUUUUUGGUACCAACCCGCUGAAUAGACAGAAGUUGGACAUGAACAAACUGUCCCAAUUGCCGAUCAAGAGUUUUGUUCGGCUGGCUUGCGGGGGUGUCGGUGUGGAUUCGGAUACCACCUGGAAUGAACUCCAUACCGCCCCUGCGGCCAGGAUGGCUGUCGGCUGUGUCGUCGAACUUGCCAUGAAAACUGCAAUGGGAGACAUGAAGAAUGGCAUGGCGGUAGUAAGACCUCCAGGUCACCACGCGGAGACCUCACAGGCGAUGGGCUUCUGUUUCUUCAACUCUGUGGCCAUAGCUGCCAGGUUGCUGCAACAAAGACUUGAUCUGAGGCGGAUACUUAUAGUUGAUUGGGACGUGCAUCACGGCAACGGCACCCAGCAGAUGUUCUACGAGGAUGAUCGGGUGUUGUACGUGUCACUGCACCGGCACGACGACGGCAACUUCUUCCCGGGCACGGGGGGACCGACCGAGUGCGGCGCGGGGGCGGGGCUCGGCUUCAACGUGAAUGUGGCCUGGUCGGGGGGCCUCAACCCUCCCAUGGGAGACGCCGAGUAUCUGGCCGCGUUCAGGGCCAUUGUCAUGCCCAUUGCCACGCAGUUUGCGCCCGACAUUGUACUGGUAUCGGCUGGAUUCGACGCAGCAGCCGGGCACCCGCCUCCAUUGGGAGGCUACAAGUUGACUCCGGCCUGUUUCGGGUACAUGACACAACAGUUGAUGCAGUUGGCUGAUAAGAAGGUGGUGCUAUCCCUGGAAGGCGGCUACGAUUUGCCGGCCAUCUGUGAUUCGGCGGAGGAAUGUGUGCGUGCACUGCUGGGUGACGAGCCUCGACCAAUCAGUGACGAGGAGCUGAGACGACCGCCCAAUCAGAACGCAGUUGAGACUAUGCAGAAGACUAUAGCCAUACAGCUAAAUCGUUGGCCAGUCCUGAAACGCAGCGCUCAUUUGGUGGCAUGCUGCGCGUUGGAGGCUCAACAGCUGACUGGAGGAGGAGGAAUGGGGGGAGCUGGAGGAGGAGGAGGAGUGGACAGUUGUAGUGAGGAGAGUGAGACAGUGACAGCAACCAUGGCUUCUCUCUCUAUGCAACAACAACAGCAACAACAACAACAGCAACAAAUGGCUGCCGCUAGUCGUAUGCAUUCCCAAACACCCGAGCAAUCUCGUGAGACGUCAGUCGAGCCCAUGGAGGAAGACGACUUCAAGUGAUCCUCAAAGUGAGUCCACACUCAAGUGUCCGACCAAAAAUAAUCGAUGUUGUCUGUCUGUCUGUUGUGAUAGUCGAUGUUAUCAGAGCGACAGCAAAAUUGGAG